AUGAAGGGCGUUGACCUCGGAGUGAUUCUUCUCCCAAUGCUACUGCUGCUUAGCGGACAUGUGAAGGGUGACUACGAAAUCAAAACGAAAAAAUUGACAUUCCUCUCCAAAUGGGAACUCUGCAAAAAAGAAAUUAACUUCUAUGAAGAAGGGAAUUCAUUUUUUAUUCGUAACAAGGACAACACCUAUUUGGAGGUUCAAGAGAAGGUGACAACCGUAGGGAGCUUAAAUGUUUUUGGCACUGUCCACACGAAUGAGUACAGCGCGUUUGAACACAAGCAGUGGACUCUGCACCACCUGGAUACCUUCGACCGGAAGGAGAGUGCCUGGAGCCCCUCGGACAUCAGCACAUGCGGGAAUUCCCCCGACACCUUCCUGGGGGGACCCUGCAUAUUCGGCGCCCUGGAGGCCUACACAACAGUUAGAGACAUACCAAGGCAUAGUGCACUGAAAAUUAAAUUAAGGGUUCAUUUCUUCGAUGCAUGGAAAGGCGAUUCAUUGUUUCUUCAAACUGAUGGGAAGACCGUCUGGGCGGAAUCGUACAAAUCGAACCAUGUAGAAAAGGGUGUUGGUGACGGAAUAAACCUUUGCGGGGAGGAGACUCCCGAUCGAUUAUCAGUACCUGUGGACGUAGAAUUCGAGCACUCCUCAGAGACGGUUAGAAUACUGAUUGGAAGCACUUUAAAAAAAACAAACGACGCCUGUACCACGUCGUGGGGAGUUGACGACCUGCACGUCUACUACAAAUAA